AUGUCUGUCGUUGGUAUUGAUCUUGGUAAUCUCCAGGCUGUUAUUGCCGUUGCCCGUAAUCGUGGUAUUGAUGUUAUCUGUAACGAAGUUUCCAACCGUGCUACUCCUAACAUUGUUUCAUUCGGUCCCAAGCAAAGAUAUCUUGGUGAAGCCGCAAAGACUCAAGAAAUCAGUAAUGCUAAGAACACCAUUGUCAGUUUGAAGCGUCUUGCUGGUCGUACCUUCGAUGAUCCCGAGGUUCAAGAAGUUGAAAAGAACUUCAUCAUGGCUGAAUUAGCUGAUGCUAAUGGCCAAGCUGGUGUCAAGGUCAACUAUCUUGGCGAAGAGCAAGUUUUCUCCAACGUUCAACUCAUCGCCAUGUACCUCAACAAGAUCAAGGAUAUUACUGCUGCUGAAAUUAAGGGCCCUGUCUCUGAUUGUGUUAUCACUGUUCCCGGCUGGUUCACUGAAGUUCAACGUCGCGCUGUUCUCACUGCUGCUGAGAUGGUCGGCUUGAACUGUUUGCGUCUUGUCAACGAUUUGACUGCCGCUGCUCUUGGUUAUGGUAUUACCAAGACUGAUCUCCCUGAGGAGAAGCCCAGAAAUGUCGCUUUCGUUGAUAUUGGUCACUCUUCUUACACUUGUCAAAUCGCCUCUUUCCUCAAGGGCCAACUGACUGUCCGUGGUCAAGCUUUCGAUGAACACUUUGGUGGUCGCGAAUUCGAUGCUGUUAUUGUUGAUAAGCUCGCUGCCCAAUUCAAGGAAAAGUUCAAGAUUGAUGUUUACACCAACAAGAAGGCUCUUUUGCGUCUCCGCGUUGCUGCUGAGCGUUGCAAGAAGGUUUUGUCUGCUAACCCUCAAGCUCCUGUCAACAUUGAAUCCAUCAUGGAUGACCGUGACGUUUCUGCCAUGGUUAACCGUGAGGAAUUCGAGGAAUGGGCUUCUCACUUGUUCACCCGUACUGAGGAAGUCCUUGCCAAGGCUCUCGAGAACGCUGGUAUGACGAUUGAUGAGAUUGACUACGUUGAGAUGGUUGGUGGUACUACCCGUAUUCCCGCUAUCAAGGCCACCAUCUCCAAGUUCUUUGGUAAGGAAAUCUCUACCACUCUUAACCAAGAUGAAGCUGUUGCUCGUGGUGCUGCUCUCCAAUGUGCCAUGUUGUCUCCUGUCUUCAAGGUCCGUGAUUUCCGUGUUAACGACGUCGUCACCUACCCUAUCAAGCUCACUUGGGAAGCUACUCCUGAGGAAGAGGAGACUGAGAUUGUCGUUUUCGACAACAACAACUCUAUUCCCUCCACCAAGAUCUUGACCUUCUUCCGUCGCGAACCUUUCACCUUGCAAGCUGUCUACGCCAACCCCGAAGCUUUGCCUCGUGGUAUCAACCCUUGGAUUGGUCAAUACAAUAUUAAGAAUGUUGAGCCUCUCAACGGUGAACCCGCUCAAAUCAAGGUCAAGGUCAGACUCAACAUUCAUGGUAUCUUGUCUGUUGAAUCUGCCUACACUGUUGAGGAAAAGAUGGUUGAUGAAGAGACCAAGAACAAGGACGGAGAGAAGGAGAUCAAGAAGGUCAAGAAGCUCGUCAAGACUGGCGAUCUCCCCGUCGUCUCUGGCACUACUGCUCUUCCCAAGGAACUCAUCAACGAAUACACCGAAAAGGAAAGCCAAAUGUAUGCUAAUGACAAGCUCAUUGCUGCUACUGAAGCUGCCAAGAACUCCCUUGAAGAAUACGGUUAUGAGAUGCGUGAUAAGAUUCUCGGCCCCCUCUCUGAAUACAUUGAUCCCUCCAUCAAGGACAAGUUUGCCGAAGACCUCAAUGCUGUCGUUGAUUGGAUUUAUGAUGAAGGUUACGAUGCUCCCAAGUCUGUAUAUGUUGAGAAGCUUGAUGCUCUCAAGAAGAUUGGUAACCCCGUUGUUGAGCGUUAUCGUGAAGCUGAGGCUCGUCCCCAUGCUGAACGUGCUCUCCGUGAUACUAUGCAACGUUUGACUCAAGAAGCUAUGAGCUCUGACGAGAAAUACUCUCACAUUCUCCCUCACGAGAAGCAAGACAUUGUCGAGCGUUGUGAGCGUGCUGGUAGAUGGAUGGACGAGCAAAACGCUAAGCAAGCCAAGGUUGCCAAGAACGAGGCUCCUGUCUUGACCAGCAAUGAUAUCAAGAAGGAAGAGGAAGCUGUCAUCUACUUUGCCAACCCCAUCUUGAACAAGCCUAAGCCUGCUCCCAAGGUUGAGGAACCUGCUGCUCCUGCCGCAGAUGCCGAUACCCCCAUGGACGACUCUAGCGAUAACAAGAAGAAGGAAGAUAUGGAUAUUGAUUAA